ACGCGUUUAUACCGAGCAUAUUAUUCUAUAGGACAGGGAGUCCGCGCUGCAGCUGGCGAGGAGAGACGAAUGUGCGGGCGGAGGCGGAAGCCUGCGCAUCGCCAUUUUGUGCCGAGUUCUGCAUCUGCUGCAGUGACGGAGGCCUGACCCUGUCCCCAGCAGCGCCGUAGGCCGAGGGAGGAUUUCGGGAUGUAUUCUGCGGGCACACGGAAGAAGAGCAGCGGGAAGGCCCCGGCGGCCGAGCUCCUGGUCUUCGGCUACGCGUGCAAGCUCUUCCGGGACGAUGAGAAGGCGACGUUCCACGAGCAGGGGAGACAGCUCAUCCCGUGGAUGGGGGAAGCCCAGAUCCUGAUCGAUAGGUAUGAUGGGCGUGGUCAUCUGCAUGACCUCUCUGAAUAUGACGCAGAGCACAACUCAUGGAACCGAAACUACAAUUUAUCUGAAGAGGAGGCUCGGAUUGAGGCUUUGUGUGAUGAAGAGAGGUAUUUAGCGUUGCAUACGGACUUGCUUGAAGAGGAAGCAAGGCAAGAGGAAGAAUAUAAGCGGCUAAGUGAAGCCUUAGCAGAAGAUGGAAUGUAUAAUUAUGUGGGUUUCAAAUAUAAAAGUGACUAUUACGAUCCUUCACAACCCACAGAAGAGGAAGAGCCACAAAGAGACAAAGAUGAUAAAGACUCAAGUGAUCUUGAAGAUAAUGAGGAACCUUUUAUUGCACCAGAAGGGCUAAAUGUGCCCCCUGACGUGGAGCUGCCACCCACAGCAAAGAUGCAUGCUAUCAUAGAGCGCACAGCAAAUUUUGUCUGCAAGCAGGGUGCUCAGUUUGAGAUCAUGCUGAAAGCCAAACAAGCACGAAACUCACAAUUUGACUUCUUACGUUUUGAUCACUACCUCAACCCUUACUACAAGCACAUACAAAAAGCUAUGAAGGAGGGACGCUACACCCAGUGGGCAGAGAAACGGAACGAGGAGCAGAAAAAAUCUGUGGCCAGUGCAGAGCAAGAUGAUGAUGAUGACGAUGAUGAUGAUGAAGGUGGUGAUUACCUACAUCCAAGUCUAUUUGCCUCAAAGCGAUGCAGCAGGCUUGAAGAGCUUACAAAGCCCUUAAAGGUAAUCGAUCCUGACCACCCACUUGCAGCUCUUGUCAGGAAGGCUCAGAGUGAGAAGCUGGCCACUCAGCUGGCUCUAAAUGCUGCACCUGCUCCAGCAGCUCCGACAGAAAGUACUACAGAAACAACUGUGACCUCUACCUUUUACAAUUACUACAUGUUACCAGAUGGGACAUACUGUCUUGCACCUCCUCCACCCACAGUGGAUGGUAAUACUGGCUACAGCUCACUGCCAGCAGGGGAAAGUGCACAAUCUGCAAAAGAAAUAAUAACUGAUCCACAACCCAGCAUCCCACCGUCUUUAAACAAUGGCGAUAACGGCAAACUAAUACCGGAAACAACAGUAGCAAGCACACUGGCUCCAGUGGUUGCCAUUAUUCCUCCUCCUCCUGAUAUUCAGCCUGUCAUUGAUAAGCUGGCUCAGUAUGUGGCACGAAAUGGAAUAAAAUUUGAAACUAGUGUACAAGCAAAGAAUGAUACAAGAUUUGACUUCCUCCAGCCUUGGCAUCAAUAUAACCCAUACUAUGAAUUUAAAAAGCACUUUUUCAUGCAGAAAGAAGGUAUUCUUGUUUCUCAGCCUAUUACAACAUCAGAUGCUAAUUACAAUUCUGCAGAAUCCCCAAAUGACACCUUGCUACUUGGUGAUACUGCAGCACAUGAUGGAAGCAGUGUGGGUGAUUCUGAUUUCCAAACUGAUGCAGCAGGCAGUAAGCCUGUCAAUGAUGGAAAACUUAUGAAAGUUUCUUUUGCUCCAAUAAGCUUUGCAAUCAAAGUGAAGGAAACAGACUUUGUGCCCCUUGAGAAAAACAGAGUUAAAUUAGAUGAUAGUGAGGAAGAUGAGUAUGAAGAAGGCUGCAAACCUGUAACCCAGAACAAGACCAGCAGCUAUUCCAUCAGCAGCCAGGGACUUAACGCUGGGACCAUGGCAGUGGAGGAAAAAAGACCACAGUUAACACCAGAGGAGCUGGAAGCAAAACAAGCCAAGCAAAAGCUAGAGGACAGACUCGCUGCAGCUGCCAGAGAAAAACUGGCUCAGGCAGCCAAGGAAUCAAAGGAGAAACAACUGCAGGCAGAACGUAAAAGGAAAGCUGCACUUUUCCUGCAGACACUGAAGAGUCCGCUGGAGAUGGAGUUGGGAAGGAUAGAGGAAAAUUUGCUGAGUCCAGAGGAUAUGAACAGUAUGGACUGUGACUUUCUCCCAGAAGAUACAAUUGUUCCCACUACAGAGUACCCCGUCACAAAAAGGCAUCAAAGUCGAGAUUUUCAUGGGGAACAAAAGGCGAAAAAAAAGAAGAAAAAGAAGGACAGGUCAAGGUCAAGAUCUCCAAAAAUCCAUUUUGAAUCCAAGUCCCGCUCUCAUUCAAAAGGGAAGCAUUCUCUUCCCACGGCGUACCGGACAGUGAGGCGCUCCAGAUCACGGUCAAGAUCACCAAGAAAACCCACUCAGUCUUCAGAAAGGAGAAGAGAAGAUGAGAGAGACAGAACAGUGUCAUGUUCAUACCGUGUUGGGCACAGUCCUGGAAACAGCAGGAAGCGCUUACGUAGUCCACAUGAAAAUCGGAAGAAAAAACACUCUAGAUCAGAAUCCAAAUCAAAAGCAAGAUCUCGUUCCCGCUCACCCAACAGACAGGGAGCAUACAGUUUGGUGCACUCUACAAGUAUCUCUCCCGUGGAGAGCAGGGGAUCUAGCCAGGAACGGUACAGGGAAUGCACCCAGGACAAAGAUUGCCGUAUUACAUCAGAAAUUGUCUCUUCAGUACAGUCCAAAAUAACUCAGGAUCUCAUGGUCAAAGUAAGGGCAAUGCUGGCAGCCUCCAAAAAUAUGCGUACCGGAACCUCCUGAUAUCUUCUCUCCAUUCCAUAUUAAUAGGAGAAAUACCCAGAGUUACAGAUGAAGAACCGGGAUGGUCUGUGUUAUCCCUUUUUAUGCAGUAAUUUCACCUGAUUUCCAUGUGAAAUCAAACUUACAAUUGGUCAAUUUUUUAUUGACCUUUUCCAGUCAGCUGUUGCUAAAUUAAUUUGACGAUACUCAUCAAGGCUUUGGCUGGAAUUUUCCAUGAUGGGCAACCAAUCAAUUGGCAGCAUCUACAAUUACACUUACUGUCCUAGGGUAUAUAGCACAGCAACAGCUGGAAUUUUGAAGAUUAUUAAUCCCUACUUCACAUCAGUGACCAGCAGCUGCCCCUGUGUAUAUUUGUAUAUAACUUGUUUCUGUAUUAAAGUGCUAAAAAAAUAAAAAUUUUGUGAACAAUAAAA